UAAUAUGGUAAAGCCUUCUCAUCUAUUGGCUCUUAAAUCCUUUAAUAAAUAAAGCGGGAAGAAGACCAGCGGCGGUACAGGGUCUACUUGAAAAAGGUUGAAGAAGAGCACGCACAACAGAGUUUGACCACAACACAUAAAUCCGUAAAGGCUUCCCAGAACGCAUAAAGAAAAUACAAAGCAAAAUGCCAAGUACUAGAAUCCUGUUUAGCAAUGGUGUCAUAUCAAACUCCUCAGACACUCCUCCUGUCUCUACCUUCCUCCAAACACAUCCAGGCGCAUACACGACAACACGCACUCACAACAAUGGUUCAAGUCUCAUGUUUUGGGAUAGACAUUUGCAAAGGCUAGCAAAUUCUGCAAGAAUUCUAUUCAAUUCACACCCAGAAUUAUUGUUUACAUCAAGCCAUGAUACAAUGCCAUCAUUGGCAAAACCAUCAUCAUCAUCAAUGUGGGAAUCAAUGGUUAAGUCUUUAGUGAAUGAUUCGAUGAAUAAAGUUAUGCCCAUCGCUUUGAAAGAAAGGAGAGAUGGGGAAGAAUUAAGUGUUACUGCUCUCUUUUGUGGGGACUUUGACAAAUUGGGUGGAAUGGAGAAUGUGGGCUUUGAAAAUAUUUGCAAGGUUUUUGAUGUGCACGUGCAUUUGAGUGGAUAUGUGCCUUCAGUUUUUGGUUUUCAUGGAAGUGGGGCGCAUUUGGCUGUGGUGGGCCGUGGAAGGGAUGUUGGGGAGGCAAAAUAUUCGGAUUGGGUGAGGCUUAGGAAGUCUUUGGAAAAGCUGAGGCCACCAACAGUGACUGAACUCUUGUUGUCAAAUGAUGGUGAUCAAAUUCUUGAAGGCUCAGUAACAAACUUUUUUGUUGUUUGUUGCAAGGGUCACAGUAAAGCUGAGGAUAAUUGUUUGCACAGUAAUCAUGCAUUUGAAGUACAAACAGCUCCUAUAAGUGAUGGUGCCCUUCCAGGAGUCAUACGCCAACUUGUGAUUGAAGUAUGCUUAAACAAGGGAAUCCCUAUACGUGAAGUCUCACCAUCGUGGUCAAAGCAUGAACUAUGGGAAGAAGCAUUCAUUACUAGUAGCUUGAGAAUUCUACAGCAUGUGGAGUCGAUUCAAGUUCCAAUAACCUGGGGAUUGCAUGAAUCAAAAGGUUGGGAGGAUAUUGCAUGGAAGGAGAAACGGUUUGAGGAAAGUCCGGGGACAAUUACGCAAUUAAUUCAGGUAACUGCACGCAUUUCAAUUACUUGCACCAUCCACUGCACAAUAUGCUGAUAUGAAGUAUGCAAGUCUGCAUGUACCUGAAAAAAUUGAAUCGAGAAUUCAGCAACCAUAAGGGGAAAGAAUGAAUUCUGAACUGCCAUCUUCAGACCCUAGUUUCCUUAUUUUAACUGUGUUACCACGGUAUCAUUAUGUUACUUAUAUUACAUUGUGUACUACGGAAAUGUCAUUUUGGUGAAGUUACCAGCACAGUCUUUAAUCAACAAAUACUGGGGAUGGAAUGAAGAACACUACACUUAUUACUUUUCUAUCUUCCUCAUUUUAAGUUCUUUUUUGGUGUUGGAGCAGAAAGAGAUCAUGGAGAGAGCAGGUCUAGAAAGGAACAUCUAAAACAGGCCACAGGCUUACUUCGCAUUUGAUCUGGAAGAAAUUAGCAUAUAUCAGUAUAUCAAUAUCAAGAUAGACCUGCAACUUGCCUUGCCUGCUAUCGGAAAAGGAGUGAUUCGCACAAAGCUAAGCGAGGUUGUGAAUAUCUUCAUUUUCUCGCUGCUUAAGUAGUGUCUGAAAAAUAUGGCCCUUAUUUAUGUUUUUACUCACUGAAUUCAUUGACUUUAAUUUGGACGAAAAUCCUUUUUUUAAUAUAUGAAAAUAUUAUAUAUGAUCCUCA